UGAAUUAUUUUUAAAGAUGGGCAAGGUUUGCGCCAUUUUUGGAGGAUCCCGAGGAAUAGGAAAAGCUGUUGCAGAAUUACUGGCACAGAAAGGCUGCCGCCUCGCGAUUAUUGCUAGAAAUCUGGAAGUAGCCCAAACCACUGCACGGAAUCUUGGUGCAGGACAUCUGGCACUUAGCUGCGAUGUAUCCAGUGAACAAGAAGUCCAAAAAACUUUUGAGGAGAUGCAGAGGAAUUUAGGUCCUAUUAACUACUUGGUUAAUGCAGCUGGGAUCAACAGGGAUGGUUUGUUACUGAGAACCAAGACUGAAGAUAUGAUAGCCCAGAUUCACACUAACCUUUUGGGAACAAUGUUGACAUGCAAAGCUGCUGUAAAAAGCAUGAUUCAACAACAGGGGGGUGCUAUUGUCAAUAUAGGAAGUAUUGUAGGACUUAAAGGCAACUCUGGUCAAAGUGUAUACAGUGCUACCAAAGCAGGAUUAGUUGGAUUUUCACGCUCCCUUGCUAAAGAAGUGGCAAAAAAGCAAAUUCGAGUCAACGUGGUUGCUCCAGGCUUUAUUCACACGGAUAUGACUGCUCAUUUGGAGGAAGAUCAGUUGAAGAAAGCCAUUCUCCUUGGAAGAUUUGGAGAGCCUUGUGAAGUUGCACAAGCUGUUGUCUUUCUUCUAGAGUCCCCUUAUGUUACAGGGAGUACUCUAAUUGUAGAUGGAGGCUUGCAGCUUCUCACUUAAAUACUACCUUGAAUAAGUACCUACUUAGAUAUCAUGAUGGUAAUAUAUAAAUAUAUAAAAAUUAAAAGGGGGGAGGGUGGAGAUUAGUUGAAGAUUGAUGUAUCUAAUUGACUUAAUACUAUUUAGUGAGAGGACAAAUUGAGCAGUGGUAAAGUCCAGCGGGUACGUUUAGCUACCUGAAAGAGUCCAUUUGCUAUUAUGAAGACUGUGUAUGUAACAAUUUGAAAAAGAUCUGAUUUUACUAUAGUUUUAAAUAACAUGCUGAUACAUUUUUAAAGCACUAUAUUUUUAUAAAAUCAUGUUUUCCAAUUUGGGAUAGAAUGGAGACUUUAUUCUGAUUAUCAUGUUACACAAAGGUUAAUAAAGUGUGCAGGCCUGUGUAUCAGUUGGCAGGUAUGAUUGCAGCAAGUCUUUCAUGUGGGGCAAAGAUUGAGAACUGCGUAAUUUUUUAUUCUUAUCAGUUAGUCCCUACAAAGUGCCAAGGAGUUCUCUUUGGUUUUUGUUUGUUUGUAGCCUACACUACAAAGCUAGGGGCUUCUAGAUCUCCAGCAUACCUGAAUUGCCUUUAGGACAUUUAAUUACCUGCAACGUGUUUUUUAUAAAGACAAAACCUGCUCAGUUCCAUUCUUGAAUGCAUGUACAGCACUCAUUUAAUCUAGUAGCACUUGUGUGUAUACAUUGAAGGGCUGUUGAUUGGUUGUUGGAGUUAUUGAUUCUAUAAUACUCUGAGUUGGAGCUGCACAUACACCGGUGAACAGUACAGUUGUGGACCUUGCCGCAUAAAAGCCUUUUCACUGACUCAGUAGAUGUUUAGAAAAUAUGCAUCACUUCCAGAGUGUGAAGUCAAGGUGUUUUGCUCUAUAUCUUCUUGAAUGCUCAGUUCAGCUGUUAUGAGGAUGCUCUUUAAUAUGUAUGUAUAGUCAAUAAAAUAGCCAUUUAUUUUAUUCAAAGCA